AUGUCGGAACUCAUUCCAAUCACUAUCACUACACCCCUGCGAAAGUUCAAAGGCCAUGAAGAACAUGUGAUAGCAGUUGCGGUUUUCCCCGAUAAACGACGGAUGGUUACGGGCUCAGGCGACAAAACGCUUUGUCUGUGGGACUUGAAGACAGGUUUUAUGUUGAAGAAGAUGGAAGGACAUUGCAACUGGGUGUGGCGUUUGGCUGUAUCACGAGAUGGACGAUUGAUAGCAAGCGGUGACAGAGGCGGAGAGGUCAUCAUCUGGCACGGAGAAACUGGCAAAUUACUCACCAAAAUUGAAGCCCAUUCCAAGUUUAUCAUCUCCUCCCUGGAUUUUUCUCCCGAUGGAACAGUGCUGGCCACUGGUUCAUAUUACGACAAAAUGACAAAACUGUGGAAUACCAAAACCUGGGAGCCGCAAGGAGAUCCAAUUGAAUGUGGUGUAUUUGUCAACUGCGUACAGUAUUCACCGUCUGGAGAACUUCUUGCCAUCGCAAAAGACUACAAUAUUCAAAUUUACAAUUCAGGCACCAGGAGACGCGUCGUAUCUUUCAAGGGUCACACAUCAUUGAACUUGUCACUCGCAUGGACGCUCGAUGGUACACGCCUUCUCACAUGCGGCAACAAGGACGAUCCUACCAUACGUGAAUGGGAUACAACAACCUGGAAGCAGGUCGGCGAUCCUUGGACGGGCCACACUAACCGAAUCAAUGCCAUUGCCAUUCAUCCUGCCGGUACAUUUGUCGCAUCCGCAUCUGGUGACAACCAUGUUCGUCUCUGGCGGCUCUCAGAUCGACGAACCAUUGCCGUCCUCAGGCAGUCAUCCUCCACGAUAUGCGUCACUUUCUCCGUGGACGGCAAUCACAUCUUCAGCGUCGCACGUAACGACAAGAUGAUCUCGGAGUGGACAGUACCUGAGGGUAUACAUCCAAAGGCAUGGACAGUACCUCAGCGUAUACAAACAAAGGCAUGUACAACUAUAGCCACCACAACAGUCCGCGAUGCAUGCAUAGAUGGAGACUUAUCUGCUAACGAAGAACUACUCAUGCAUGACAUCAACGCCAAUGCGAUGAACCAUACUCCCGACAUCCUAGCCAUCACGACGGCCCGUAUUGCAUGUGUAAAUGGAGACUUAUCUACCGCCGAAGAACUACUCACUCAAGAUAUCAACACCAAUCCGAACAAUUAUACUUCCUACGCCCAUCGUUCAUUUAAGACUGACUCGACGGUGACACAGUCCAUCGGGAUUCGGCCCUCACUGACAGGCUAUAUAUCCAAGGGCAUGGCCCUCUGCGGAAAAGGCCUCGUCUUGGAUGCGAGGGCAGCAUUUGAUGUGGCAUCCAUGUACACAGAUCAGGAUUCAGACAUCGUUCAUUUUCUGCUAUUGAUCAAGGCAAUCGCGCUCUUCAAUGCAGAUCAACAUCACGAAGCAAAUCUACUCCUCAAAGAACUUGCUACCGGUUGUCCGAAUACUGAUACUGUCGCAUGCGGUAUCGUGCAAGCAUAUCUACAGGUUCAACUCGGAAUCAAGGCCUUGGAUGGCGCACGCUACGACGAAGCCACCGGACAUUUCACUGCCGCUAUCGACUUAUCAUCGGAAUCGGACAUUCAUGAAAUAUGUGAGGAUUUGGUGGUGCUCUUUGGCUGGGACCUGAAGUCCUUGUGGCGAAAGGCACACCAUAAACGGUGUGAUGCACUCCUUCGGACGGGUAAACUCCAAGAUGCUGUGAAAUCAUACCAACACAUGAUGACUUUGACUGAUGAAACUACAAAUGCCGACUGCCUUGAUUGGUCCAACGGCAACGCACUCUACACUGCCAGCGGAGAUGCUGCUUUCGCUGCAAGCGAUUACGACAAGGCCAUUGACCUAUACUCGUUGGCGAUCGACCUGGAUUCUGCAUCUGAUGUCGUCUUUGCAAAUCGCAGCCAGGCAAAAUUAAAUAAAAUGCGAUGGGAGGACGCGCUCCUUGACGCACAAAAGGUCACCAAACUCAAUCCUUCGUCUCACAUUGGAUACCAGUUGGCGCACGCAGCGCUGCGUGGCGCGCAACGUUACGAUGAAGCCAUCGAGGCCUUCACAAUCAUGUUGUCCAAGUUAGACGAUGCUCCAGAAGUGCAGAUUCGAGAUCUGCGUCAGCAGUACGUCUGUCCAUUGGAAGCAGAAGGCGUUAUUCGAAGAGCAGUUGGGACUGAACUCAGUAACGCCCCGCUUCGUCUGCUCAACACCUCUACGGGUCUUUUGUGCGACCGAGUAGCACAGCUAAACUCCUUCAAAACAAGUCCAGAGUACAAGGAGCUUUUGUCAUCCAUAACGAAGCGUUCGGAUCUCGAAAUGGAACGCAUCAAGGAGGAUCAAGAUGUGCGCGAGUUGAAGGGACUUGGUGGUAUCGCGAAACUACAGUCGUUCUGCACAAUCGCUCGUGAUGCGGGGUAUUUCUGGGCGUGGAUGGAUACAUGCUGCAUCGAUAAGAGCAACCACGUCGAGGUCCAAGAAUCGGUCAACUCCAUGUUCAUCUGGUACCGUCACUCGGCGCUCACCAUCGUCUACCUGUCCGAUGUUCAUCCUUCAUCCCAGUCCUGCACACUGGCGAGCAGUGUCUGGAACGAACGAGGAUGGACCUUUCAAGAAUUCGUCGCUCCGAAAGUCGUUAUAUUUUAUCAGAAGGACUGGUCGUUGUAUCUCGACGAUCGCUCUCCCAACCACAAAGAGUCCCCAGCAAUCAUGCAGGAGUUGGAGGGUGCCAUGAGAAUAGAUGCACAGGCCCUGAUCUCCUUCUGUCCAGGGAUGAGAGAUGCUCGAGAGAAACUGCGAUGGGCAUCAAAACGUGUUACCACAAUGCAGGAAGACAUCGCGUACUCGUUGUUUGGUAUCUUCGGCGUGCACCUGCCUGUAAUCUAUGGUGAGAAGAAGCAAAAUGCGCUCGGUAGGCUCCUGCAGGAGAUUGUGGCUAGAUCGGGCGACAUAACUUCCCUGAACUGGGUCGGACAAUCGUCCGAGUUCAAUAGUUGCCUUCCAGCCGACAUCAUCUCAUAUGCCACCCCGCCAUGCUCCCUACCAUCAUUGUCUGAAGAUGAGAUUCAGACAGCGGUCUCUUCAUUGCGAAACAUUGUAACCGUGGAUUCAGCUUUAAAGUUGUAUAACCUGCUCGAGAACAUGAAUGCUCCGCUCUUCGCCAAUUGCAGACUUCGUCUGCCUUGCAUCGCAUUCCGGGUCACGGAAGUCAGACGGAGGCAGGGUCAUGCUGCCCAUUCCACGUAUGGAGUGAAAGCAGAUGGGCUUCAGGACUUGGUGAUCACCACGGACGAGACCCUAAUUCAAUUCUCGCGGGCAAGGCCCACUCAGCAGAUAUUCUUUCUUGUCCGUCCAUGGGACCGUCAUCUCCUUGGGCUGCCUGAUUUUUCAGAGCAGCUCACCUUUGCAGAUGAAGGGGAGAGCGUAGGGGAUUGGUCCGAGUCCGAGUCCGGAUCAGAUGACACUCACGAGCCAUCCAGCGACUCGCUUGGAGAAGAGGAAUUGGCAGUUGACUCGGAUGUUCACUCGCGAUCAUUGCGUUUGAUGGUUCAACUUGGGCAGGCUUUCAACGCACUUUUGGUAGCGCAGCAACGCGUUGGAGAAUACAAGAGAAUCGCGUCGGACCAUAACAUCAUUGCGCAGGUCAAAGACAUGGCUUCGAUCGACAUUGUGAACAUCAGGACCCUAGACAUAUUGUAG